AUGACGGCGCCUGUGAUUCGAUUCGUCUUCAGAAAUGACGACGAAUACGUUGGCGCACUUAAAAUCGAUGAGGGUCUUAACAAUAACAAUUUGAACACCGGGAUUUGGAAGACCUUCUGGUGUUCGCCUCAUCAUUUCAUCGACGAUAAAAUGAACAAGGACGAAGACGAUUGUUACGGUUCUGUCACGCAGCGAGCAAACAAUAUGAUAAUGCGGAUUGUGGCAAUACUCUAUCCCCAGCUAUGUUGCUUGAUCCAGACUCCUAGCACGGCGAAUAGUAAGAAGACGAAAACCUCGGACACAAACUUUAAUAAUCCAACAACACACGAUCAACAGGCGAUGCCCGGAGCUUCCGAACCCAAAGACGGACUGACAGCACGUACUUAUUUUGUGGAUCCCACACCAAAGCGAGAAGCACUGGACUCGAGUUUCGCUCUUAUUAGAGCUUAUCAGCUGUGCUUGGCUAUAAGCUCCGGACGUCUGAUGCGCGAGUUUUUAAUGUUUUUACUGCUGAUCAACGACCUGUAUUAUGAAGUUUAUGUCCCCAUGCAAUGCAUUGUUUAUGACGGGUCUGAGAACAACCAUCGUAUUGAUCGUGACUUCUAUGACCCAGUAUCCAAAAUCGAGAUGAGUUCCGAAACUUUUAUGCCAGAAUUAGAUUUCACCAUUCACGACCAAAACUAUGGACUUGAAUUCCCUGAAGAGGGUUGCAACCAUACCCGACCGUCUUGUCCCAUCAAGAAUGGAGUCAGAUACACGACGGAUUUGAACCUUAGGAUGCCGGACAUUUUAAUAGAAUUUGACAAUCGCCAGGGGCGUAGCUAA